AUGGAAGACGAAGAAGCGUUACUCACAAGCACAGCUAACCCAGACACUCAAAUAGAAUUCGAAGAUGAAAUCCAAGAUUGGAGAAACUUAACCAAAAUAAAAGAUACUUCAUUACCAAAACGUGGUGAAAAAGAUUAUGAACCAGAUGGUACAAAUCUUCAAAAUUCUGUACUAGAAGAAAGUAGAAAUUCAAUGUUUGAUGCUCUUGCAGGUGAUAGAAGUCAUGUUGUGAAACAACAUGUCAAAGCAAUAUGGAUAUCUAGCCAAAAACGAGGUUUAAUCACAAAACCAAAAGGUUCUUUUUUACAAACUUGUGGUGUUAUAGAUUCAGAAAAUAAAUGUUGGUUAAGACCUGAAGAAUUUUGUUAUUUAGCUGAAAGAGGUUCAAUUGAACCUUGGUUUGAAGAUAAAGAUCUGGCUAUGAGUAUUGAAGCUUGUUAUGCCUAUUGUUUUGAUAAUGAUGAUGAGAUUGAUGAAUAUCAUGUUUAUUCUUAUUUAAAAAGACAUGGUUUUAUUGUUAUGAAGAAUGAAGAACAAAGAAUAAUACCCAAACUUCAAACUAUAUCACCUAUGAAAAGGGUUUAUAGCCAAUUAUUAAAAUGGAUCAAUUAUUUCACAUUACCAAAUCUUAUAACUAAUUUAUUUGGUCAUAAACCUUAUCCUUUCUUUCAAAAUUUAAACUUUACAUCAAAAAAAUUCACUUCAUAUUCACAAAUUUAUAACUCAAUAAAACUUAUCCCAUUCCGUUCACAUUCCACUCCUUCAACCCAACCUCAACCACAAUCAUCAUCAACUCAAUCUAAACUCAUACCAACAUUCAAUAUAUGGAAACCAUCCCCUAACUUCUCCAAGAAAUCACCACCAUUACCAAAUUUUCAAAUCUUGGUACAAAAUGUUAAUAAAUAUAAAUUACCAACCUUAAAACAACUUCAUGAUUUAAUUAAUUCAACAAAUUAUCAAAAUAAACAUCAUAUAGAUUCGGAUCAAUCCAAGAGAUUGAAAAAUGGGUAUGGGUUUGUUUUGAUAGCUACAGUAGAUUAUGGAAUUAUUAAUAUUGUUAAAUUAAGUGAAGCUGAUUUUGGGAAUGAAAAUGUUUGGUAUGUUCCAGGUCCUAAACCUCAGAAUAAAAAGAAUAAUGGUAAGAAUAAUAAGAAUCAAAAUAAUAAUAAUAAUAAUAAUAAUAAAGAUAAAAAUAAAGAUAAGAAGGGUAAGAAAUGA